GAUGUUCCGUUAACAAUGUCAAUAUUUAAUAGAUUGUCACCUGCUAUGAAUCUCGAAGUAUCUUUUUGUUAUCCAGCAAUGAACAUAAAAAGUGAACCUGGAAUAAUAUAUAUAUCUUUUUUACCUCCAAGGAUGACCGUUAAACGUAUUCGAAAUAUAUUUACCAGAUAUGGUGAAGUUGACAGAAUAUUUUUAGACCCCGAAAAAGGGGAUGAAAAUGGUUAUUUCAACAAUUUUUCGCAUAACAAAUCAAAUUCUAAAUCUCAUUCGAAUAAUAAAAUCCGUAAUAAACAGUACUCUGAAGGUUGGGUAGAGUUUAAAAACAAGAGAAAAGCCAAAAAGGUGGCGAAUAUGUUGAAUGGAACUCCCAUAGAAAUUCAUAAGAAACGAACACCGUAUAACGGAAUGUUAUGGAAUUUAAAGUAUUUGAGUGGAUUUAAAUGGGGACAUCUUUCGGAACAAUCAGCUUACGAGAGAGCAUCAAAAGAACAGGCCUUGAGAACGGAGGUCUUUAAAAUAAAAAGGGAAUCCCAGAAUUAUAUAGAAAAACGGGAGAAUGAAAUGAAAAGAUCGUUCAAUCAUUCUAAUAAAUCUAACACUGAAUUCCAAUCGCAAGGUAAUACGAAUACGCGUGAUACAUUUACGGACUCAAAAAAUAAUCGUAUAGAUGAGAAGCAAAAACAAUUACCUACGAUGAAUUUCGAUAUUAAAUUGUUAUUAUCUAUAUUUGAUUAACUUUUUAAGCUUGAUAAGUAUAAUAUAUAAACGAAAUCUAAUAAAGCAGGAUUUUAGAAAUAAUUUUUAAAUAAAAGCAUUACCGAUUUUUUAAAACGAAUAUUUCUAUUUGAUUAUCCAAUUGGGAUUUUUCGAUUCGGUAAUACAAAUA